GGCCUACGCUCUCAUACGUAUGGCGCCCGACCCGGACUUCCUGGACGCCACCAAUCAUUUAUCGCAGACACCAUUACAUUUGGCGGCCCUCACGGGACAGUCGCAUAUCGUGCGCCGACUGGUCAUAAGCGGGGCGACCGUCGACUUGCGGGACAGACACGGGAACACAGCCCUACAUAUAGCGUGCGCGCAGUCCGACUACACUGCCGUUUGUCAACUGAUAUCACCGAUUAGGGACCGGGAGCUGCACUCGGCUCAUGUGGUCAACUACCCAGUCGACAGUCAACACCUGCCCGUCCACUACUUAGAGCUCCGCAAUUAUGAA